CGGCCCUUCAGUCGGUCGGUCGGUCGGCCCGUGCGGUGUCGGCGGCCAUGGGAGUGCCGGCGUUUUUCCGCUGGCUCAGCCGCAAAUACCCGUCCAUCGUCGUCAGCUGCGUGGAGGAGAAGCCAAAAGAAUGCAACGGUGUCAAGAUCCCAGUUGAUACAAGUAAACCUAAUCCAAAUGAAGUGGAGUUUGAUAAUCUGUAUUUGGAUAUGAAUGGUAUCAUCCAUCCAUGCACACAUCCUGAAGACAAACCAGCACCCAAAAAUGAAGAUGAAAUGAUGGUGGCAAUUUUUGAGUAUAUUGACAGACUCUUCAACAUAGUGAGACCUAGAAGACUUCUUUAUAUGGCAAUAGAUGGAGUGGCUCCACGUGCUAAAAUGAAUCAGCAGCGUUCCAGAAGGUUCAGAGCCUCAAAGGAAGGAGCAGAAGCUACAGUGGAAAAACAGCGAGUAAGAGAAGAGAUCUUGGCCAAAGGUGGAUAUCUUCCUCCAGAAGAAGUGAAAGAAAGAUUUGACAGCAACUGUAUUACACCAGGAACAGAGUUCAUGGACAAUCUUGCUAAAUGCCUUCGCUAUUACAUUGCUGAUCGUUUAAAUAACGAUCCAGGUUGGAAAAAUUUGACGGUUAUUUUAUCCGAUGCUAGUGCUCCUGGUGAAGGAGAACACAAAAUCAUGGAUUAUAUCAGACGGCAAAGAGCUCAACCUAACCACGAUCCAAACACUCAUCAUUGUUUAUGUGGAGCAGACGCUGAUCUCAUUAUGCUGGGACUGGCCACACACGAGCCCAACUUUACCAUCAUUAGAGAAGAAUUCAAACCCAACAAGCCAAAACCGUGUGGUCUGUGCAACCAGCUUGGACAUGAGGUCAAGGACUGUCAAGGUUUGGCAAGAGAAAAACAAGGAGAGUUUGAUGAACUUGCUGAUAACCUUCCUUGCUCUGAAGGGGAAUUUAUCUACCUUCGGCUAAAUGUCCUUCGUGAGUAUUUGGAAAAAGAAUUAACUAUGGCUAGCCUACCAUUUCCUUUUGAUAUUGAGAGAAGCAUUGAUGACUGGGUCUUCAUGUGUUUCUUUGUGGGGAAUGAUUUCCUUCCUCAUUUACCAUCCUUAGAGAUCAGGGAAGGAGCAAUUGACCGUCUGGUUAACAUCUACAAAAGUGUGGUGCAUAAAACGGGGGGUUACCUCACAGAAAGUGGUUAUGUCAAUCUACAGAGAGUACAGAUGAUCAUGCUGGCUGUUGGCGAAGUAGAGGAUAGCAUUUUUAAAAAGAGGAAGGAUGAUGAGGAAAACUUCAAAAGACGACAGAAAGAAAAAAGGAAAAGAAUGAAAAGGGAUCAUCCAGCAUUUACUCCUGGAGGAAUAUUAACCCCUCAACCCUUGGGUGCAAAAAAUUCGUCUGGUUCUCAAGUAGCCAGUAAUCCGAGGCAAGCGGCCUACGAAAUGAGAAUGCAAAAUAAUUCCAGUCCUUCAGCAUCUCCCAAUACUAGUUUCACUUCUGAUGGCUCCCCGUCUCCAGCCGGAGGAAUUAAGCGGAAAGUAGAAGAUAGUGACAGUGAACCCGAGCCAGAGGAUAAUGUCAGGUUAUGGGAAGCUGGUUGGAAGCAGAGGUACUAUAAGAGUAAAUUUGAUGUUGAUGCAGCUGAUGAGAAGUUCCGCCGUAAAGUGGUGCAGUCUUAUGUUGAAGGCCUGUGCUGGGUUCUCCGAUAUUAUUACCAGGGUUGUGCUUCCUGGAAGUGGUAUUAUCCGUUCCAUUAUGCACCUUUUGCUUCAGACUUUGAAGGCAUUGCAGACAUGCCCUCUGAUUUUGAGAAGGGCACCAAACCGUUUAGACCCCUGGAGCAGCUUAUGGGAGUAUUUCCAGCUGCAAGUGGCAACUUUCUCCCUCCAUCCUGGCGGAAGCUAAUGAGUGAUCCCGAUUCCAGUAUAAUCGACUUCUAUCCGGAAGAUUUUGCUAUUGAUUUGAAUGGGAAGAAAUAUGCAUGGCAAGGUGUUGCUCUGCUGCCAUUCGUUGAUGAACGUCGUCUGAGAGCUGCUCUGGAAGAGGUUUACCCUGAUCUCACUUCUGACGAAAACAGAAGAAACAGUCUUGGAGGCGAUGUCCUGUUCGUAGGAAAGCAUCACCCACUGUGUGACUUCCUUUCCGAAUUAUACAAAACAAGUUCUGAAGAGCCUGUGGACAUACCGCCUGAACUUUGCCAUGGGAUCCUGGGAAAACUUACUUUAGAUGAAGAAGCGAUUCUUCCAGAUCAAACAGUAUGUUCUCCUGUUCCUGUGUUACGGGAUCUGACUCAAAAUACUGCAAUCAGUAUCAAUUUUAAAGAUCCUCAGUUUGGUGAAGAUUACAUUUUCAAGGCUGUAGUCCUUCCAGGAGCAAGGAAACCAGCACCAGUGCUCAAGCCAGGCGACUGGGAAAAAUCCAGUAAUGGAAGGCAGUGGAGGCCACAGCUUGGUUUUAAUCGAGACAGAAGACCCGUUCAUUUAGACCAGUCAGCUUUCAGGACAUUAGGCCACGUAAUGCCCAGAGGAGGAUCGGGGAGCGGAGUGUACAGCAAUGCGGCACCCCCCGGGGGUUAUCAGGGACAUUUCUCCAGGCCAAUGAUGAGAGGCCAGGCGCAGAUUCCAAAGCUCAUGUCAAAUAUGAGACCCCAAGACUCCUGGCGAGGGCCUACUCCCCUAUUCCAGCAGCAGCAGCAACGGUUUGACAGGGGGGGCGGAGCUGAGCCUCUGCUGCCAUGGAACCGCAUGCUGCAAUCCCAGAACGCAGCCUUCCAACAGAAUCAGUACCAGCUCCUCACGGGACAAGGCGGAUACCCCCCUCGGAGAGAUGACCGAGGAGGGAGGCAGGCAUAUGGCUCGGGAAGGAAUUACCCUCUGCCACCUCCCUCAGGAAGAUAUAGUUGGAAUUAGGGUCUUGAAGAGCUUUCCCAGAUCUACCCUUUCAUCCGCCUGCGACUUUUUGCUCCCUGUGGAUUCAAGCAUAUUUAGAAAGCAGUAGUUUUUAAAACUCGGAUACUUGUCGUCUUUGUUUUAACUGUAUAUUUCUUACUGGUAUACUUUUCAGUGUUUUAUGUUGGCCUUUAAACGCUGUGUUCCGUAAUCCAAUGAAUCUAAAUUUAUUACUUUGCUUGUGAGAGACAUUUGAUGAGGUGGGAGUAUUUUUGUUACUGUAGUUGAGAAUCAAACCGGAUUGCUGUGAAUUUCAAGCACAGUAUCCUCUGGAUCGCGAGGAGCCCUCUCGUACAUGCUGUUUUUAAAUGAGUGAACAAAAUUAGGUUUAAAAACUUAGUGGACACUGCAACCAGCCUAGAAAACACAUUUUUGUGAAGCUUUUCUUCAGUAUUCUAGGAACACUUCACUGAUGUACCAGACCUAUGAAAUUUUCAUUUCUGGACUUUAGUAAAAAAAGAAUUUUAAAUUUG